GAAUGUCACCCUAUGUUCUUUUCAAUAUAAACUUUACAACACACACAUGUGCAGAGUCGACUUUACAAAUUUUCGAAGCGGUUUUCCUUAAGAAUCGGUUUUCAAGAUGGGUCGAAUGCACAGUAAUGGGAAAGGUAUUUCAUCAUCAGCUCUUCCAUAUCGAAGAACAGUACCAACUUGGUUGAAACUCAGCUCAGAGGAUGUUAAAGAGCAAAUCUAUAAACUAGCAAAGAAAGGCUUGACACCAUCACAAAUUGGUGUCAUCCUUCGUGACUCCCAUGGAGUUGCCCAGGUUCGUUACAUCACUGGAAACAAAAUUCUCCGUAUUUUAAAGAAGAAAGGUAUGGCGCCCACUUUACCCGAAGAUUUAUAUCAUUUGAUCAAAAAGGCAGUAUCAGUGAGAAAGCAUUUGGAACGAAAUCGCAAGGACAAAGAUGCUAAAUUCCGGCUCAUCCUCAUCGAAAGUAGAAUUCAUCGGCUGGCGCGAUAUUACAAGACGAAGCGAGUUCUUGCACCAAAUUGGAAAUACGAAUCCUCGACAGCUUCAGCCUUAGUUGCAUAAGUAAAAUGAAGAGUUGAUUAAAAUAUACUUGGUUCAAACCUAAA